AUGCCGGAAGCUCUUUCGUCUACAAUCUGCAAGUUGGACGUGAAAAGCCAGAGCGUUUUAGACCGCAAUGAUACUGAUCCCCGAACAGUGUGCGGAAAUAAGACGACGAAGAGCUUGAAGCACCUUCAUUGUCGGUCCCUGCGUCCUGACCUCGGGACCUACUUCAAAGCCCAGCACGAGGUAUAUGGAGAAUCGGCAUCGACAGCACUCGCAAUCGAAGAGGAUGGGUCGGGAUUUGCGUACUACCCAAGCGGACGGCGCGCACUCUGCGUUGCGCAGUCACAAAAGAGCAGAAGGUUCAACUAUGAUUCCUGUUGUAGACAUUCAAACUUUACCGGUGUAUUGAAAGACUCUCCUCCUGAUGAGAAGAACUUUUCGUUUUGCCUUCAUUCUUUCUGACAUUGAUUUCCACUUGCACGUUAUUAUGGUCUAAUUUCUUUGCAUGUUUUUCGAGGACGGACCUUCAUCGAGGUGGCUAGGCUCCAUCAACGAGUGGGGCAUAGGGAAGGUGGAGUCCGCGCCAAAGACGCUGUCGGGUGAGGAAGCAGCCCUGAAGAUUUUCCUUACUACUCGAGACUAUGUACAAGUUUCCUCCUCGGGAGGCUCCUCAUCUUCUUCGAGUAGCAAUCGAUCUUCCUUUGCUGGCCCUAACGCGCCAACUUAAGGCUCUUGUUUGGGAAAUCCAUCUGCAGAUAUUUCAGAAGGGAGAACGAAAAAUGAACAGCGAGGACCACCAAGGUGAAGAUGCCCAUGCAUCUGAGACAGACCACCGGUGAGACUACUUACAACACACAGAAAGGCUCUGCACUUUUUUGGAAAGAGCCAUCUGUUACUCUAAUCUUCAGAUCAGGUAGACGGGAUGAACAUGAAUCUUUCCUCUUCUCCUUCUGCGAAGCUCACCGGAAAAAGCACUGGAGGCGCGGUCGAACGAGUUUGGUGGUCUAAGGCAACAGACGAUCAUAGUUUUGAAAAAAUAUACAUGCCAGUAGUAGCUUCACGAACAGGCCCACCAGUAGUUUCCAUUCGCGUUUGCUACAAUCGAUUUGCGAAACACCUAGCACCAGAAAACUCCAUGAGAGGACCAGGUUUAUGAAUUUGGUGCCGACAUUUAAGACACAGAGCCCUUCCAGUUCCAGACCCAGCCUAUACUAUUUAAUUGCGGAGCAAUAAAGAGUAUGAUCAGCUUCUUGUCCUAUUAUAAGAAAUUACUUAGCGCGUCUUACAGCUUCAUCGUUAUCCUCUUUCUUUUAGUGAAUCGCCUUGCUUCAUUGUGCAGAACCGGCAUUCUAGGGAACCAGCCGCAGACAAACGGCAUAAUUCUAGUGGACUUUCGUUGCGAGAAGGUUAAACACACCUUCGUUGUUGGCAUUGUUCCACCAGCACUCUUCGACAAAUCACAUCCGGGUCUGGCUCUUCUACAGAUUUUAUGACUCGACAGAUAUAAAAAACAGCCAAUAGUACUGCAGGUGAUUCAACGUGCGAACGAGGACUCUGCAUCCAAUAUGUUGCGUCCGCAAUACAUAUACGGUGACAUCAUGAUCGACAAUCACAGCUACAACAAUCUAAGUAAUCCAGAAAACUAGUUUUGCUUUUGUCUAAAAUUACGGACAAUGGCUCGUUCGGAUCCAGCGCAACAUGCAGAAGAUGUCAAGCUUGAGUCUGCACCGAUACUCGAAAGGACAGCGAAAGCUUUGUACUAUCACUAUGUAUGUAAGAAUAAGAAAUGAAUACUAACUUCCUCUACAACUUUCUUCUAGCUCCAUCAUUCAUUUUCCAAUGAUGAGGACAACGAUUGCAUGGGCACUUCCACGCUGUGAAAUACUGUUCAAAGUGAGUAGAGAUGUUGUGAGAUUGUUAUUCAAAAAGGAAGUCUUCAUUUGUUGCGGUUGCUUGCACACCCAUUUCUUCUACUACAGAGAAUCGGUGCAAGCGUCUAUCGAGGAGCGUUUUCCUUCGCCUGACAAAAGUCGCAGGUCUAUUUCGAACGUUCGAGAAUUCGCCAAGGAUGCAACCACUGGCAAGACGCUUUUCGGCACGAUCAAGGACAAAUUCAACGUCUCCGGUGCAGGUCCUAGUGCGAGCAAUUCCUCGACCAUCGAUAACCUGACGCAAAAACUGACGAAGGGUCGAAUAGACUACAAUGUGGAACUAGAACUAGCGCAAAAAGUAGCGAAGAUGAACCCGACGAUCAGUCGCCUCGCAGGAACAUUGACAAACGAAGUGACAGGGGAAAGCAGCAAAAUAGGCAUUAAGUAUUUGAGUGGUCGGUUGAUGUUGGGAGGCGAAUCGAAGCUGAAAGCGAGCAAAGGCAUAGACGAAGGAGUACUACUCUAUGCAAAGCGGGUUCAGAAUAUUCUCAUACCAGGCGCAAUCACGUUUACGAUGCUGUAUUUCAACCCAUCGUGCAUGCAUCCUACAAAUCUUGGUUCCAUUUUUCAAACGUGGUUGAAGCGUAGUAAGAUUCAGUACUUUCUUCGUGAAAACAAAAAUUUUGACCACUUGCAAUUGCAUUACAGGUGAAUCGUUGGUUUUUUCCCAAGACAGUUCGGAUUUUAACGCAUGACGAAUUCGAAACUGCAGUGAUGACUAGCAAAGCAAGAAUGUUUGUCGUGUGCUUUCACGCGCCGUGGGACCCGCAGACGAAACAUGCGGAAAAGCUAAUGCAAGUGUCUCAUGCAUGUGCUCGCAAAUUCGAAAAAAACAUGGACUUUGCUAUGGUGGAUAUGGCAGAGAGAGGCGCGCUCAUAUCCGAUAAAAAGUACUCGUGAAGACAUCCAGUAAAAGCUUCUAAUUCUUCUAGUUGUGCUUCUUAAUUUGUCAGCAAGUAGUGUAUGCACUGACUAGCGUAGGAGUAGGACUACUGCUUCAUCAUUCAUCCAAGUACCCAUUAAUCUACGCUACACCACCGACAAGGUUUGUAAACGAGCUCGCGCACAAGUAUAGCGUUACGAGUACGCCGUGGUUGCUUAUUUUCAGCAGAGGAGCGCUGAUGCUGAGCAAGAAAAUGACAGGAUUUGUAGAGCGGUUGCGCUUUGAGACAUUCGCAAAACCACGUGCGCUCAUAGUAGAACUGACCGGCACUGUCGUUGGUACGUCUCUUACGUUUUACUUACUCUUGUUGUUGUAGAGGAACUACCAAUGACAGUGUUGAAUGAAAUGCUUCGAAUACGAGAAGUAACAGCAUCAAAUGAAUAUGAAUCUUCUUUACAACAUCUCCAUCUAGGUGAGCGUGGUUUUCCAGAUGGGCCAGAAAAUCAAAGGAAGAGCAAAAACGCGCUGGUACGCGCACAAGUGGAUGCAGAUCUAGCUCUUAGUGGGAAAGACGCCAUGCUUAUGGCAGGAAGAAUGGUGCCACCAUACGGCAUGGUCUUCGCGACGUCAGAGGUAUUGAUUUUGUCUUUUACCGGUGAGGACUUUAAAAAUGAGUUUUAAUAGAUCACGAAAAUGGACGAUGAGGAUAGAUUUGUGUACGACAACAACAACAUAAAGAAGAGAUCGUAGGCGUUGCCCUGAACGCAACAAUACAAACGAACAAAGACGGGAUGUCAAUAUCAAUAUCAUCAGAGCGCUCAUUAUUUACGUUUUCGCAAAACACCAGAUACCUUACGCUGACCUAGAGGGCAUAAGGAGUAUGGUGCGUCGAAGAAAUUCUUCAGCACUAUUUUUUCUUGUGCACCACGACAAGAAACACCAAAUUUGCCCCGAAACGCAGGCAAGACUACUAGACAACGCGCCGAAUGGAGCAGUAGACUUCGUUUUUCGGCGCCCUCUCUCAACAUUAUGGCAAAAAAUGAAACAAGAUUUAAGUAGAUUAUCUUGAAACCUCGACAAAGAUGAAACAAAUUGCAAUUAAUACAUAUAGAUACACACAAGACUUAGAAGUAGGCACCUCUUCACGAAACUUGCCGCAGCAGCUACGGAGACUUGACGGAAGUCCUCUCUACAUUUUUACUCCAUAGAAAUACUGACUUUGAAAAGUCCUAGGUAAAUCUCAUCAAAACAUAACCUUGAGGAGUAUGCGCAACAUGUGGACAACACACACCGCAACGCACAAGAGUUUCAAAUUGUUUACGUACUGACGUACACCUACAGAAUCAGAAACAUCUCUAAGCAUCAGUCGCGUGCAGUCCGUUCUGGCGGAGCUGACGCACACGCAGUUUCAUCUGGCAGGGGAGAGCGGUCAUCAGUUCUGGGAUUACCUUAAAAACCUAUACGAACUGAAAACAUAA